GCGGGCGAAGAUGGCGGCGGCGGCGGCGCCCGGCUCGCUGCUGCUCGUGGUGGGCGGCGAGUGCGGCUGCCCCGGGCUGCUCGCCUACGUCCUGGAGGAGCUCGAGCGAGGCAUCCGGUCCUGGGAUGUGGAUCCCGGCGUCUGCAGCCUGGACGAACAGCUCAAGGUCUUUGUGUCCCGGCACUCGGCCACCUUCUCCAGCAUCGUGAAAGGCCAGCGGAGCCUGCACCACCGCGGAGACGCCCUGGAGACCCUGGUCCUGCUGAACCCAUCAGACAAGUCCCUGUGUGACGAGCUCCGGAACCUUCUGCUGGACCCCGCCCCUCACAAGCUGCUGGUGCUGGCGGGGCCCUGCCUGGAAGGGACGGGGGAGCUACUGCUGCAGACGGGGGCCUUCUCGCGCCACCACUUCCUCCAGGUCCUGGGGGACGGAGAGAUCCAGAGCACGCUUGCUGCCGCGCACCCGCCCGCGCGCCCGCCCGCGCUCACCAUCACCUGCCCGACCUUCGGAGACUGGGCCCAGCUGGCGCCCGACCUGCCCGGCCUGCAGGGCGCGCUCAGGCUGCAGCUGCGGCUGAACCCGCCGGCGCGGCUGCCGGCCUCCGAGGGCCUGCGCGAGUUCCUGGAGUACGUGGCCGAGUCCCUGGAGCCGCCGUCGCCCUUUGAGCUGCUGGAGCCGCCGUCCUCCGGGGGCUUCCUCCGCCUGGCGCAGCCGUGCUGCUACGUCUUCCCCGGCGGCCUCGGGGACGCCGCCUUCUUCGCCGUCAACGGCUUCACGAUGCUCAUCAACGGGGGCUCGAACCCCAAGUCCAGCUUCUGGAAGCUGGUGCGGCACCUGGACCGCGUGGACGCGGUUUUGGUGACCCACGCGGGCGCGGACAGCCUGCCCGGCCUCAACAGCCUGCUGCGGCGCAAGCUGGCCGAGCGCCAGGAGGUGGCGGCCGGCGGGGGCUCCUGGAACGACCGGCUGCGCAGGCUCAUCUCGCCCAGCCUGGGCGUCGUGUUCCUGAGCGCGCGGGAGGCCGCCGUGCGCCUGCUGCGCGGCCAGGACGAGGCGGAGCUGGCGCUGAGCCUCCUGGCGCGCCUGGGCAUCGCGCCCCUGUCCCUGAGCCGCGGCGCGCCGCCCGCGCAGCCCACCGUGCUCUUCCAGAAGAUGGGCGUGGGCCGGCUGGACAUGUACGCGCUGCAGCCGCCCGCCGCGGGCGCCGAGCGCGCGCCAGCCUCCGUGUGCGCCCUGCUGGUGUGGCACCCCGCGGGCCCAGCCGAGAAGGUGGUGCGCGUGCUGUUCCCGGGGUGCACGCCGCCCGCGCGCCUCCUGGACGGCCUGGUCCGCCUGCAGCACCUGGGGUUCUUGCGGGAGCCCGUGGUGACGCCCCAGGACCUGGAGGGCCCGCGGCGGGCGGACAGCAAGGAGAGCCUGGGCUCGCGCGACAGCUUAAAGCGAGAGGGCCGCGCCCCCAACCCCCCCAGGCCGGGCCAAGACCGCCCCGGGGGCGCCCGCAAGGAGUCCGCUCUGGCUGAGGCCCCGCGCAGGCCCCAGAAAGAAGCCAGGCCUGCCCGGGAGGUGAAGAAGAACCCCAAGGCCAGCGCCCCCCGGACCCAGCCCUGGGAGGCGCGCCCGGCAGCCUCCGCGGCCCCCAGCCUCAAGACAACGGGCACCCAGGCAGCCCCCAAACCCCGCAGGGCGGCCAAGUCCGGCGUCCUGCCUGCGGAGAACGGGCCCCGCAGCCCCCCUGGCGUGCGCGGAGGAGAAGCCAGUCCCCCGACGGCGACGGCCUCCAGCUCCCCUGCCCCGCCGCCGGCGGCCACGCCCAGCCUGGAGCUGGCGCUGAGCGCAGCCGCGGAGGAGCCGCCGCUGGCCGCCCUCCCGCGCCCGCGCACGCCGUCCCCCGGGCCCCGGCGCAGUCCCGCGGACGGCAGCGGGCGCCUGUCGCUCAGUCCGCUGCGGGCCUCGGCGCCCGACGCCUCGCCCACGGCGACCACGCCCACGCUGACCACGCCGUCGCUGCCCGCCGAGGUGGGCUCCCCGCACUCCACGGAGGUGGACGAGUCCCUGUCCGUGUCUUUCGAGCAAGCGCUGCCGCCCGCGCCCUCGGGCGAGGCCGGGCUGAGCCUCCCCCUGCGCGGCCCGCGCGCGCGCCGCUCCGCCUCCCCGCACGACGUGGACCUGUGCCUGGUGUCGCCCUGCGAGUUCGAACACCGCAAGGCCGGGCCUCUGGCGCCGGCGGCCGCGUCCCCCGGCAGCUCCAACGACAGCAGCGCCCGGUCGCAGGAGCGGGCCUUCGGGCCGGGGGCCGAGGAGACGCCCCCCACCUCUGUCAGCGAGUCCCUGCCCACCCUGUCGGACUCGGACCCCCUGCCCGCCACCCCUGGGGCCGGUGACUCGGAUGACAACACAGAGGGCUUCGGGGUCCCAGGCCACGACCCCCUGCCCGACCCCCUCAAAGUCCCCCCGCCACUACCUGACCCACCCGGCAUCUGCAUGGUGGACCCCGAGAUGCUGCCCCCCAAGUCCGCCCGGCACACGGAGAACCCCGGCCGCCCGAGGAAGCCCCCGGCGCGGCCCAGCUCGGGCGCCGCGGCCCCCAAAGCUGCCCCAGCUGCUGCUGCCAGAAGCAAGGCACUCGCCGGCGGGGACCGGGCCAGCCGGCCGCCGAGUGCCCGGAGCGAGCCCAGUGAGAAGGGAGGCCGAGCACCGCUGUCCAGAAAGCCCUCGGUCCCCAAGACUGCCGCCACUCGAGGCUCGCCAGGCUCAGCUGGCAGCCGAACUGCUGGGCAGGCCGCGGCGCCCGUCUACCUGGACCUGGCCUACCUGCCGGGCGGGAGCAGCGCGCGCCUGCUGGACGCCGAGUUCUUCCGCCGCGUGCGCGCGCUCUGCUACGUGAUCAGCGGCCAGGACCGGCACAAGGAGGAGGGCCUGCGCGCCGUGCUGGACGCGCUGCUGGCCAGCAAGCAGCAGUGGGACCGCGACCUGCAGGUGACCCUGAUCCCCACCUUCGACUCGGCGGCCAUGCACAGGUGGUACGAGGAGACGCGCGCCCGGCACCAGGCGCUGGGCAUCACCGUGCUGGGCAGCAACAGCAUGGUGUCCAUGCAGGACGAGGCCUUCCCGGCCUGCAAGGUGGAGUUCUAGCGGCCCGCGACGCCGCCACUGUCCCCGCCCCCGCCCCACGUGUCCCCGCCCCCGACAUGC